AACUCCAUAUGCAUUUGUGUGUAAAUAUCUUGUAUCUUAAAGUUGACUCUGCUCUUCUCAAUAGAGUUUUCAUGCAGGGACAAACAGCAAGACAGACAGUGGACUAAUAGUGGACUCAGCAGGAAAAUGGUUCCAGUUAAACUCCUCAUUCUGGGAGCUCAUAACACUGGAAAAACAGCACUGUGUGUUCGUUUCAUAACCAAGCGCUUCAUUGGUGAAUACGACCAUAAAAAGGAGGUGACCUACAGAUGUAGCCGGGUGGUGGACCAGGAAGCCGUGGAUCUGGAGAUUUUGGACGUGGCUUGUAAGGAGAGCUCUGUGGCCUCGCUGGAGUCAUCUAUCCGCUGGGCUGACGGUUUCCUGCUGCUCUACUCCAUCACGCAACGCCUCAGCUUCCUGGAGGUCCCGCGACUCAAGAAACUCAUCGAACAAACCAAACAGAGUCUGGUUGUUCCUACAGUGCUAGUAGCCAAUAAGGCAGAUUUGGAAAUAGGACGAGAGGUGACAGCAGAGGAAGGACAGAGACUGGCCAAGGAUUUAAGGUGUGGUUUCAAGGAGCUGUCUGUGGCUGAAGCCGUCUCACCUGUGGAAGCAGCAGUGUUUCAGCUCAUUCGGCUGGUGUUGGAUCAGCAGCGGCCUCUGCCCGACCGUCGCUCCUACAUGCUGACAGUUCGCCACGCUCUGACCAAGAAGCUCACCCGAUCUAAGACCAUGCAGUGGUGACCGCAGCAAACAGACCAUUCACCACUUACAGUUACAGUGGGACAUUUGAGAAAACUGUGUGUGUUGUCUGUUCUCAUAUCAGCACUGCAGUUUUACUCCCGGACUGGUUUUAUGAUAUCAGCACUGUAGUACUGACACACAGAGAUGUUGAAUCCUGUUACCAGUCGUGUGGAGGAAAAUGGAAGAAAUAAAACCUCCUGAUUAGUGUGAACUCCACUUCUG